CUUGAUUUUUUGGUGAAGUUUCACUUUUAUUUGAAAAUUUUUUUCACCUCAGGGCGAUGUGGUCCGCUUAUUCCAUGCUGACCAGCAAACUUUCCUUACCCUGGAUGCUGUACCGAAAACCUGCCCACCCCAGGACGUGGUUUUCUUACGAAUGACCAACCGGCCAUCAGCAGCUGAUGCUACCAGCUCCCGAGCCCUUUGGGAAGUGCAGGUAGUCCAAAAAGACGCUUACCGAGGUGGAGCCGCAAAAUGGCGCGAAUAUUACCGUUUCAAACAUUUGGCUACAGACAUGUAUCUUACUGUAGUACCAGCAUCAUCUCCAGUAAGGACGGCAGCUAAUGGAAGAAGAGCUAGUCUUAUGCAUAUGAAGUGA